AUGUUUUAUAAAUUUCACGUAAAAUACUUUGUAUUUCUUCUGUUUUUAAAGAGUACCUUGAGUAGUACAAAGCGUGCUCACGAAUACACAUCAUCGCUAUCUGCCAUAAGCUUUGUCGAGUUGGGGAACCCUAUUCUUACUGCCAUUGAGGUAAUGAAGGGAGGUGCUGAUGGCAAGAAGGAGGAGAACUUUGGCGGUGGCAAUUUGGGUGCCUACUACAACUUCAUGUACCCUGACAACUCUGACUAUCCCUGGGCGUGUGUAUGCAACACUGAGGACCUCAAGCUCUGGAAGAAGAAGGAUCAGCCUUACGUGAGAUGCCGUAACCAGGAGGACCUUUCUUUGCAGGACAUUCAGGCCAACUGCGAUCCCAGAAACGUUACUGUUGAGCAGGACUUAUGGAAGGGAUUCUACUUUCUUUAA